UAUGUUUAAUUGCAUCUGCAGGGAACAUGGUAGAAUUCAAAUAUAUUGAAGUACGACAUUUUCUUCCUUGAAGGAGUGAAAAAAAUUGGUAUUUAAAGGGGCAAUAGCAUGCCUCAUUUCUUCACAAACAUUAAAUUCCAUUCAGACUAGAAAAAAAUAAUUAAUUUUCAUUAUGGCUCUUCCUUUAUUACUCUCCAUAUUUGUAUCUCUCAUAUUUUUAUGUUACAAACUCUACCACCGGCUCACGGCCAAGCUGCCGCCGGGACCUUGGCCGUGGCCAGUCAUUGGAAACAUUUUCGACAUAACGCCGGUGAGGUUCCGGUGUUUUGCUGAAUGGGCCCAAAUUUAUGGGCCCAUCUUCUCUUUUUAUGUUGGGUCAAAGCUAAAUGUGGUGAUGAAUAAUGCGGAACUUGCAAGAGAAGUUCUAAAAGAUAAUGACCAAAAUUUGGCCAACAGGUUUAGAACAAAACCUCUUGAUAUAAUGAGUAAAAAUGGGAUGGAUUUGAUUUGGGCUGAUUAUGGGCCUCAUUAUGUGAAAGUAAGGAAGCUUUGUAAUCUUGAGCUUUUUAAUCCAAAGAGACUUGAAGCUCUUAGGCCCAUUAGAGAAGAAGAAGUUAUUGCCAUGGUUGAGAACAUUUUCAGAGACUCUAAUAAGCAUGGCAAUGUUAGUAAAAUCUUGAUGCUAAGGAGCUACUUGGUAUCAGUAGCAUUCAACAACAUAACAAGGCUAACAUUUGGUAAGAGAUUUAUGAACUCACAAGGUGAAGUUGAUGAACAAGGUGAAGAGCUCAAAGCCCUUGUCACAAAUGGGAUUAAAAUUGGAGGAAAACUAAAUUUAGGUGAAUUUGUACCAUGGCUACGUUGGUUCUUUAAAGAUGAUAAUAAUGCUCUUCAGACACAAGACAGGCGUUUGAAUAAAUUUACAAGAAUUAUGUUGGAAGAAUAUACACUUGCUAGGACAAAAACUGCUGAAACCAAACAACACUUUCUUGAUGAUUUAUUUACUCUUCAGAAUGAGUAUGAUCUUAGUGAUGACACUGUUAUUGACAUUCUUUGGGAUAUGGUAGCAGCAGGGAUGGACACAAUAGCCAUUACUGUUGAAUGGGCUAUGGCAGAGCUGGUAAAAAAUCCAAGAGUUCAAGAAAAGGCCCAAGAAGAGCUAGACCGGGUUGUCGGGUCAGACCGCACUGUAAACGAAUCGGAUAUCCUCAAACUCUCUUAUCUACAACAUGUCGUCAAAGAAUCAUUAAGGUUGCACCCUCCAACUCCCCUAAUGUUGCCUCAUAUGGCAGGUAACAAUGCCAAGGUGGGUGGUUACAACAUUCCAAAAGGUUCAAUUGUACAUGUUAAUGUAUGGGCCUUAGGUCGUGAUCCAAGAAUAUGGAAAGACCCUUUACAAUUUUGGCCAGAAAGAUUUAUGAAAGAGGAUGUUGACAUAAAGGGACAUGACUAUAGGUUAUUACCAUUUGGUUCUGGUAGACGUGUAUGUCCAGGAGCCAACCUUGCAAUUAAUCUGGUCACAUCUAUGUUAGCUCAUUUGUUGCACCAUUUUGUUUGGUCAUUACCUCAAGGUGUUGAGAUUGAAGAAGUUGAUAUGAUGGAGAGUCCUGGCACGGUCACUUAUAUGCAAACUCCAUUACACAUUGUUCCUACUCCUAGAUUGCCUCUAAACUUGUACGCACAUGUCAUAUGAACGGGACCGUCAGAGUCGAACUCACACCAUAGAACCACUAGAUAUAAGUCACAAUAUUGUAGUAUGUAACGUCUUUUAUUUUGCUUGUACUUUUUAUUUUUAGCUAAUUAGUUGCUUUAUUUUCAAGUCUGAUGAAGUUUUAACAUCUUUUCCUAGAAUAAAAUGUAUCUAUUAGCUUUAUUUACCCUUAGGCUAAUAUUAACUUCUCCUUGCUAUUGUAAUAUAAUGUUAUUCAUCCCUUUGAUUUCAUA